AUGGCCCUAAGGGUGGGCCUGGGACCUGGGCAGCUGGAAGCUGUGGCCAUUCUGCUUCUUAUUGGCUCACUCCAGUCAAGAAUGGGAGCUGACGGGGCUGAAGCCCCCUGUGGCGCAGUCAUCCAGCCACGCAUCACAGGUGGUAGCAAUGCCAAGCCUGGCCAGUGGCCCUGGCAGGUCAGCAUCACCUAUGAUGGCGUCCAUGUGUGUGGAGGGUCACUCGUGUCCAAUCAAUGGGUGGUUUCAGCUGCUCACUGCUUCCCCAGAGAACACUCCAGGGAACAAUACGAGGUGAAGGUGGGGGCCCACCAGCUGGACUCCUACAACAAUGACACUGUGGUCCGCACAGUGGCUCGGGUCAUCGCCCACUCAAGCUACCGUGAAGAGGGCUCCCAGGGUGACAUUGCGCUCGUCCGCCUCAGCAGCCCUGUCACCUUCUCACGCUACAUCAGACCCAUCUGCCUCCCUGCAGCCAACGCCUCCUUUCCCAACGGCCUGCAGUGUACCGUCACAGGAUGGGGACAUGUAGCCCCCUCAGUGAGCCUCCAGAUGCCCAGGCCACUGCAGCAGCUUGAGGUACCACUGAUCAGCCGAGAAACCUGUGGCUGUCUGUACAACAUCAAUGCCGUGCCUGAAGAACCCCAUACUAUCCAGCAGGACAUGCUGUGUGCUGGCUAUGUGAAGGGGGGCAAAGAUGCUUGUCAGGGUGACUCUGGAGGCCCACUCUCUUGUCCCAUAGAAGGCCUCUGGUAUUUGGCAGGCAUUGUGAGCUGGGGUGAUGCCUGUGGAGCCCCUAACAGGCCUGGAGUGUAUACUCUAACUUCUACGUAUGCCUCCUGGAUCCACCACAAUGUGGCAGAACUCCAGCCUCGUUUGGUUCCCCAAACCCAGGAGUCCCAGCCAGAUGGCCACCUCUGCAACCACCAUCCUGUCUUCAACUCAGCUCCAGCCCAGGGGUUAAGGCCCAUACUUUUUCUGCCACUGGGCCUGGCCCUGGGCCUCCUCUGCCUUUGGUUUGAAUAUUAAGCUACUUAACCCUCAAAACU